AUGAACCACUAUGGAGCAUCUUUAGCUCACAGCUUCUACUUGGCUGCAGAAAGCCUUUCAACUAUGAGGUAUGAAAAAGGAGCUUUUAGUGGUGGGAGAGUUGGUAGCUCGAUAAGAGCUUCUAACGGUGAGAGAGUUGGUGCUUUGGUGGGAGCUUUCAACGGUUCGAGAGUUGGUGCUCUGAUAGGAGCUUUCAGCGGUGAGAGAGUUGGUACUCUGAUGGGAGCUUUCACCGGUGAGAGAAGUGGCGCUCUGAUGGGAGCUUUCAGCGGGGAGAGAAGUGGCGCUCUGAUGGGAGCUUUCAACGGUGAGAGAAGUGGUGCUCUGAUGGGAGCGUUCAGCGGUGAGAGAAGUGGUGCUUUCAUAGGAGCUUUCAGCGGUGAGAGAAUUGGUGCUCUGGUGGGAGCUUUCAGCGGUGAGAGAAGUGGUGCUCUGAUGGGAGCUUUCAGCGGGGAGAAAAGUGGAGCUCUGAUGGGAGCUUUCAGCGGUGAGAGAACUGGUGCUCUGAUGGGAGCGUUCAGCGGUGAGAGAAGUGGUGCUUUGCCAGGAGCUUUCAGCGGUGAGAGAAUUGGUGCUCUGGUGGGAGCUUUCAGCGGCGAGAGAGUUGGUGCUCUGGUGGGAGCUUUCAGCGGCGAGAGAGUUGGUGCUCUGGUGGGAGCUUUCAGCGGCGAGAGAGUUGGUGUUCUGAUGGGAGCUUUCAACGGUGAGAGAGCUGAUCGCUCGGUAGGAGCUUUCAACGGUGGGAGAGCUGAUAGCUUGGCAGGUUCUUUCAACGGUGGGAGAAUUGAUCGUAGUUUGGUAGGAACUUUUAACGGUGGGAGAGUUGAUCGCUCAGUAGGAGAUUUUAACGGUAGGAUAGUUGACAGCUUGGUAGGAGUGUUUAACGGUAGGAGAGUUUUUCUUGGAGCUUUGGUCAAUGGUGCUAGUAGUUUUAUUGGAGGUUGA